CGUGGCCCACCCCCGAGCUCCUCCCCCACUGUCACUGCGCAUGCUCGGUCCUGAAACACGUGGCUGAGGUCCGAGCGAGCAAUGGCGGCAGCGGGCGGCGUGUGCGAGCCGCUCCCCCCUCCCAGCGCCCUCUCUCCCCACAACCGGGACCUGCUCGCCCUCUCUGGCCUGGACGGGCGGAUACAGGUGUGGGACACCCGCAUCGGAGGCCUGACUCUAGACUACGUGCCCUCCGCGCACCUCAACGCGACCUGUACCUGCCUGGCCUGGGCGCCGAGCCGUGGGAUCCAGGAAUCUCAUCAGAAAAAGAGGAGGAAAUCAGAACCGAUAGUUAGAGAUGAACAGUACGACCUACUCACAAUCGGAACAGCGACCGGCACCAUAUUGUUGUACAGCAUCGUCAAAGGGGAAUUACAGAGUAAACUGGUUGGCGGCCAUGACAACAGAGUAAACUGCAUCCGGUGGCAUCAGGACAACGGUUGUUUGUACAGCUGUUCAGAAGACAAAUUUAUUGUGGAAUGGAACACACAGACAUACAAAGUAAAAUGCAAAUGGAAAGGAGACACCAGCAGCGUCAGCAGUUUGUGUAUAAGUCCAGAUGGGAAAAUGUUGCUGUCUGCAGGGCGGACGAUCAAACUGUGGGAUCUGGAGACCAAAGCCGUCACCAGGCAAUUCACAGGCCAUUCAUCAGCUGUCACGUCACUCUGGUUCAUCAACAGUCGGCCAUCUGGGGAUUCUACGACAUCAGAUGACCCAACAGGCUUAUAUUUCCUGUCUGCCGCGGUGAACGAACGGUUUAUCAGUGUAUGGCAGGUCCGGUCUGAGAAGAAAGAGAAGAAAGCACUCCUGUCCUUUACUCUCUCCGAAGCUCCCGUCUCUGUGGACCUGGCACCAUCGGACAGCAAAGAGGAGCCCCUGAAACUGGCCGUUGUGUGCAGGGACGGACAGUUGCACUUAUUUGAACAUGUUUUGAAUGGGAACUAUAAGAAGCCUCUAGCACCCACUUGCACCGUACAGAUGGCAACGUCUGGCAAUGACGAAAGCUCCACACCAAAGCCUAUUUCCAUCCUCUCUGCCGGACUGUGCCCGGACCGACAGACUGUUGUACUGUGCUAUGGCAGCACUACGUUCCCAGUCAUAGAGAAAGUGGUGCUGAAGACAGACCAACCUCACAUAUGUUUAGUGCGGGACAUCCAGAAGACUGUGACCCUCAGGAGGGACGUUGUGGUAACAAAGGUAAAGACGCCAGUUGUGAAGGCAGACGCCAACGUCCUAGUCCCAGGAAUUCCAGGUCACAGCGCCGCAGCCGGAGCUUCCAUAUCACGGAAGGACGGGAAGCGGAAACCUGGAGGGCAAGAGGUCAGCAUUGAAGACAGGCUUGGUGCUAUGGACAUUGACCUCCCGAAAGUGCAGAGAAAAGGUUCCCUGCCGCAGACUGACAACUUCUCGGUGCUACUCGUGCAGGGAUUGGAAAGUAACGAUGCAGAUAUCCUAAAUAAGGUGUUCCAGACCAAAAAUGACUCUUUAAUCAAGAAGACCGUGGCGAGGAUACCGGUGUAUACGGUCAUACCGCUGGUGCAUGAGCUAACGAAAAGGUUACAAGGACAUCCCUCCAGUGCGAUAUUGAUGGUGCGUUGGAUAAAGGCGGUCCUCGUUGUUCAUGCAUCGUACCUCUCCACUUUACCAGACUUGGUUCCCCAGCUGGGGGCUCUCUAUCAGCUCAUGGAGAGCCGGGUGAAGACCCUGCAGAAGAUGUCACGCCUAAACGGAAAGCUUUACCUUGUCAUCACUCAGGUGACAGCGUCUGAGAUUGCGCAGAAGGUACGCGUCAAUCAGGAGGCAAAACUUGUCUAUGAAGAAGAGUCGUCAGAGGAGUCCGGGGGGGAGGAGGAGGAGCAGAACACGGAGUCUGAUGAUAACUGGGAAGAAGGUGAGGAGGAGGCAGAGGAUAAAUCUGAGGAUUCCGGAGAAGCAGAAUCGGAGGACGACAUGAAUGUAGAUAAAGUAAAUGGCGAUUCCGAUGUGGAUCUCGGGAAUGAGAGUGAAGAAGAAUAACGAUUGUCUCUGUUCAGCGGUAGAUUGCUCUGACCUUGCCAGUCUGAAAGAUGGCGGAUUCAUCUCCGGCUGGGGCCCUCGUCCAAACCAACAGAAUGUGUGAAUAACCGUGUCUGCCUUUGUGAGACCGCAAUCGCGCUCCCUGUUUUCCAGGUCUUAACAACAACUAGUCAGAAACGUCUACGGAUGUUUGUUGUAAUCUGGAAUAAAUUGCCACCUGCCAUUGUGUGGUCAUUUAUUUUUAUAUAUUUUUUGUUCUCUCUCGACCCCCUCUGGUUUUUACAAAAGUUGAUUAACAGGAGAAAUGUAUGAUGGUGUGAGAUUUAUGCUUUCCACUGGCGAACCACUAUGCAGUCGGCAAAUGAACGCAAAUCACCUGAAAAUGAAGAAUAAUUUUCCAAACAUUUCACGUCUGCCCUGGUGCGAUUGACACAAGCGAGUCGAUAAAGAAAUGUUACUCUGCGAAUCCCGGGAACCAAUCUCUUCAUAUCCCGUACCUCUGCGGUAACGUGGCCUUCCAGUGUAUACAUAGGGGUCAGACGUUUCAAUAAGGAAUUCAUAGUGACUAUAAUCACUUCUCUCCCACUAUGGAACCAUGUAAUUUGCGGUCUAACGCUGAUAUUUACACAAAACAAGAAAAAAAAGUCUACAUUUUUUUUUUCCACUAAUUUUUUUUUUUUUUUUUUAACACCAGGUCUGUGAACAUCUUCUGUUCUUUCUAUUUGUGUCUGUACAGUUUGAAUCCGGUCUCUGUAUAAAAACACUUAAAGUGAAUUAUAUAUAUAUUUUUAUUUUAUUUUUCUCCCUGGACAGAUUUCAUGGAAAAUUCUGCUAUUUUUUUUUUUUUUUUGUAUUUCAAGGCUGAGUUUGAACUUUGAGCGCAGGCUGCAGUGCUUUCAAUAACCUCCAGUAUAAUGUACAGUAUAUUUGUCUAUAAAUAAAACUGUUAAUGGCAAAUUAAUAUCGCCACCUUUGUAAAGUGAAUAAAAUAUAGUUCUCCUUUGCCCAUUGGUAGCACUUGUUCUGUUCUUGGUUGUAUGUGAUAUAUUCCACUUUCGUUUAUACAUUUAUCUGGAAACGUGACAAUGACUUUAUUAAAGCUCCCUGUGGGAGUUUUCGCAUGUCUGGAAUUCUCUUGUAAUAUAAUGACUUCUUUUGACUAGAACGGCUGUAUUGCAACAUUUACAGGAGCAAUGUUGGGCUGACAAAUCGUUCUUCAGGUUACUGGAUAAGAUGAUACAUUGUCCCAUCCAUCGUCUAAUGGCAUUUCUGCCAUACCUAAUAAUCCAAUUUAAGAAGCAUCACGACCUGGCAUUGUGGCUGAAAAACUAUGCAUGCUGUCAUAUCGCAUAAUACGACAGGGUGUCUUUGCCUCUUGUAAUAGUUUAUGGUUUUCUGUAUGACCUAACUUUGCCAUGUGUUUCUUAAGGUCUUGAUCAGGGCUCUAUUCAAGUCACGGGUAAUCUGAGCGAAGACAUUUUUGCAUUAUAUAAAAUCUGUACCUAUUACAUAUACAGUCUCACUGGACUUCAAAAGGUGAGGUUUCAUCCAGCAGUGUACUUGGGUGAAGGUAGUCACUAGCCGGCUGACACACUGCUCCUUUUAUGUGGAUACACUUUGCCUUUUUAAAAUCUUUAAUAAAGUAUUUUCUAUAAA